AUGAGAGUUUUGCGUCUUGCAGUAGGUUUUGUUUGCACUGCGACCAUACGCGCAAUUGCGCCGAUCGAUCCGAGAUUGAACACGGACUAUCGACCCGGAUGGACGAUUACACCACAAAUCAUUCAAGGUGAUGAUUAUCUCAAAAACAUAUACAUUCGUUCCAAUUUGAUCGAAGAUCCAAAAGAAAGCGGAGUCAGGUUAGAGCUGGCGAUCACAUUACUGGACUCGGUGUCCUGUGCACCUCUCGAAAACGCUUUAGUCGAGAUUUGGAGUCCAGACCCCCAUGGAGUCUAUCCUGAGGAAAAAGCUGAUCCCCAAGAUUGUAGAAACUCCUCUUCUCGAAGAGGAGCGAUCGAAACAAAUCCAGAGGGUGUGGCUAGUUUUGUCACCAUUUUUCCUGGCUCGCAGGGGGGAAGACCGCCACAUGUAAAUGCCCUCAUUCGCACCGAUUGGUUUGAGCACAAUCUUAACCGUACCCUCGACUCGGACGCAAGCUGGGCAGUCGCCUCAGUUGGUCAGAUAUUUUUUCCCGACCGCAUCAAUUCCCAGGUUCUCAACCAGUCAGACUAUCAGACAUCAUUUGGUACGUUUUCUCUUCAACAGAGUUUGGAAACCUACAAUAUGGUUGAUUUACUGGACCACAUGCGAUCAGGCGGUGUAGUCUCAAACUCUAAUGAUCCAAUCUUCAAAGCUCAAUCAGAGGUGUGGCAAGCGCAAGCUGGCAUGAUUUCGACAGACAUCAAAUAUGGCAUUCGCUAA